UACACGUAGAAAACAUUUGCCACGCACGUAGGUUAUUUUUUUUCUCUUUUGGGUUUCUGCUUCAGACUUGAGUGCCAGUUGCUACGCCAUGGAUGAUCCUUCUCAGCUCCUCGAAGCAGCUUCUGAUUUUGCUCAUUACCCUGGGGUGCAAAGCGAAGAUUCCGCUAGGGACUUUCUUAAUCGCUUCCCUCUCCCCCUCAUUAUCAAUGCCUUACAGACACAAUUUGACGUGCCUGGCCUAGAAAAUACUCUAGUUGCAUGCCUUGAAAGGUUAUUCAAUACCAAGUUGGGUGCUUCCUUAAUCCCACAAUAUAUGUCUUUUGUUCAAGUUGGUCUGCAGACAGAUUCUCAAGCAGUCAGAUCCUUAGCUUGCAAAACAGUCACUUGCCUUCUGGAGAAUCUUGACAAUGAUUACAAAGUUGCUGCUCAUCUAAUUACAAACUUCAACAUAUAUCCUCUUUUGCUUGAUUGCCUUAUCAAGGGCAAUGAACAACUGGCAGCUGUGGCAAUGGAUGCAAUAAAAAAGUUAGCUGGUUUUCCUGAAGGCUUGGAAAUUAUCUUUCCAGCUGCCAAAGAUGGUAAUACAGACCUAGGGAUUAUAGCAUCACAAUGUUCGUCACUGGGCCGAGUUCGUGUACUGGCUUUAGUGGUGAAGCUUUUUUCUGUAUCUAGGUCUGCCGCAUCUACCGUUUACAGUUUAAAUCUACUGAAAUUGUUGGAAGCAGAAAUCACUGAUGCAGAUGAUACUCUUGUUACUUUAAGUGUUUUGGAGCUUCUCUAUGAGUUAGCUGAGGUUGAGCAUGGUACAGAAUUUUUAUCCAAGACUAGCCUCCUUCAAUUGCUUUCAUCAAUAAUUAGCAAAAAUUCUAUGGAAUCAAUUUUAAGAUCAAGAGCAAUGAUGAUAAGUGGAAGGCUACUGUCCAAAGAAAUUACAUACUCCUUAAUAGAUGAACCUUGUGUUAAAACUCUCAUUUCAUCUAUUGAUGGUAGACUUCAGUCGUUAGAACCUUCAGAUAGAGAUGAAUGUGAAAUGGCACUUGAAUCAUUGGGUCAUAUGGGAUCAACUAUCCAAGGAGCUACAUUACUACUCUCAGGUUCAUCACCUGCUGCUAGACAUGUUAUAGAUGCUGCAUUUGAUCAACAAGGACCUCAGGGGCAUGGUAGACAGCUGGCUGCACUGCAUGCUCUUGGAAACAUUUCAGGAGAAGCCAGAUCUGAGAAUAACAUGAUACUCAAUGCUGAAGCUGAAGAAAACCUACGACGCUUAAUUUAUGAAACCGCAUCUAAGAGCACAAAGCUGACACCAUCGGGUCUUUUUCUGUCUGUUUUGCAGCAGGAUUCCGAAGUUCGUUUAGCGGGCUAUAGAAUGAUAAGGGGGUUGGUCACCCGACCAUGGUGCUUGAUGGAGAUAUGCUCAAAACAAGAGAUUAUAAAUAAAGUGACUGACCCAAGUACUGAAACCAAAAAAAUAGGUAUGGAAGCUAGAUAUAACUGCUGCAAGGCGAUACACAAAUCAUUGACAUUGUCUAGUAGAGUUUCUGCUGAUCCUGCUUUUGCAGGAAUAGCUGCAAAGCUGCAGGAAGCUGUUGGAAUGGGUCCAUAUCUAGUUAAAAGGCAUGUUGAAGCUCAACCUAUUGUGAUGACAGCCGAGAGAUUUUAGUUUACUGAACCUGAGUGGCUAAUCAAUACCUGUAGUUGGAGUACAUGUUUUUUACCCCCUUCUAGUACAAUGUGCAGUGAUAUAGAACAUAAACCUUUUGGAGUGUUUGUCGUGGUCCUUUUUCGAGAGUAUAUUUAACUUUACAGGAUAUAUUCUCAAACUUGUUCAUCAUAUCAUAUAAUUUUUUUUAUAACUUCC